UCACAUAGUCCCCAGAAAACCUGCGAAGAUGAGGAAGUUGAAGGAAAUCAAACCAGUGGUCCACUGUGACUUAAACGUGCCUUCCAGGUGGCAGGCCUACCACCGCGUGUCCCGGCAUGUGAAUGUUUUCACAAAUGGAAGGUUAUUUAUUCCACCUGUGAAGAUCAUCAUUCCCAAAUUCUGCCUGUCUGACUGGACCCACGUGUUGGCUGUGAUCGGAGAGAAAGUCUUUCCUCUGGGAGGUGUUCGCAAAUUAUUCACAAUGACCGGGCACCUCCUGGACAGCUCAGAGGACCUGCAGGACAAUCAUUUCUACGUCGCCGCAGGGCUGGAGACCUUCAAGCCGGUCCCCUACUGGAAAUCCCCGAGGGUCCCCAGCGAGGUCCAGCUAAAGUUUGCAGCGGAUGCUGAAAAACACCCACAAAGAAAGAAAAAAGAGGAUUCCAAAGCAAAAGAGCCUCAUCUACAGGAUGGCCUGCCGCCUAAGACCCAGGAUUCUGUGUACUACGCCAAAGAGGGGGCGAGGCCAGAGCUGGCGGGCCCUGUGGUCCGCAGCGGGGCAGAAGGCGACGUGUAUACAGCCCCGACCCCUAACAAGGAGGCCCGGGGGGCGCCAGAAGUGAAAGAGGACCCCUGUAUGCAAGUGGAGGUGCCCGUGGACCAGGCCCCGGCCGAGAUGGUUGGCGAGAACGAGGAGAUAUGUGACGACACCUCCAGUCUGGGGGGCACCGAGGUAAAAGAAGAGGGAAGGCUUUAUGACGACCCCGAGAGGAAGGAAGACUAUUCACGAAUGUGUUUUAAGAAAAAGUUUCCCUUAAGACACAACACAAAGAAAAAAGCAUCUCUCAAGAGCCUCAGCAAGAAUAAAAAAGUGGUUCCGGUUCCUGAAAAAGUACCACAUGACGUUCUAGAAGAAAAGAACACACCUGUACUCCCAGCAGAAAAUGAAGCCCAGACAGAACCACCAAGGAGACAGCAGUCACACGAACUCUCACCAAGACAAGGACAGCUCUCUGAGGAACAGGCAUCCUCUGAACAGUCAUCCCAGGAACAGUCAUCCCAGGAACAGCUCUCUGAGGAACAGGCAUCCCAGGAACAGGCAUCCCAGGAACAGCUCUCUGAGGAACAGGAACCCCCCGACCAGUCGUCACCGAGACAACCGUCCCAGGAACAGCUCUCUGAGGAACAGGAACCCCCCGACCAGUCGUCACUGAGACAACCAUCCCAGGAACAGCUCCCUGAGGAACAGGAACCCCCUGAACAGUCACCCUUGGGACAGCCAUCCCAAGAACACAUUCCUGAGAAACCCAAAUCCCCCGAACAGGCGUCCUUAGAACAAGCGUCUCAAAACAAAUGACCCAGGACCAACGACGACAACAAACACCGUGCAGACGGAACGCAGCCUGUGGGGAAGCGCAAUGGUCAGACGCUGGGUGGACACUGAGACAAACGGAAGUAAAAUUAGACUUUUUUUCACAUUAUGUUGAACAGGUAUGUCGGUAGAAUAUUACAACCGUGGAUUGCUUAUUUUGGUGGUGAGACUUAAACAAC